GUCCAAAAUGUUCACAUCUCAUGACGUUGCAAUUUGGAAAUAUUGUAUUGUUUGUACAAGUCGCCGCUAUGACCAAUUCCUCAGUGUUAUAGGGAAAAAAAAAAAUGUCCCUUGCCGCCAUGACCAGUUCAUUUAUCAAGUCGUUCAACAGUAUAAGACCCGGAUUCGAUCCUCGGGAUCUCAGCAGCCCAGAUAAUUUUGAGCCUGUUAACUAAAAAUGUCGAGAUCACUUGUUCUUGUAUAUGUGAUUGUGGGGUUCUGUGUUGGCUUUGGGGCAGCCCAACUUAGUGAGAAUUUUUAUGGUGCCGAGUGCACCAGUUUGGAAUCAACAGUUAAACAAGCAGUCCAGGCUAAAUUUCAGCAGACUUUUGUUACAAUUCCUGCAACUCUCAGGCUAUUCUUUCACGAUUGUUUUGUUGAGGGCUGUGAUGCCUCUGUUCUAAUUCAAUCCAGUGGGAGCAAUACAGCUGAGAAAGAUGAUUCAGACAACUUAUCUCUGGCUGGGGAUGGAUUUGAUACAGUGGUCAAGGCGAAACAGGCUGUGGAAAAAGUGUGUCCAAAUUUGGUGUCUUGUGCUGACAUCCUUGCCUUGGCUACAAGAGAUGUUGUUGGAUUGGCUGGGGGUCCCUCUUAUAGUGUAGAGUUGGGUCGUAGAGAUGGACUGGUUUCUAGGGCAUCCAGAGUGCCUGGAAAUCUACCAAAGGCAGAAUUCAACCUUGAUCAGCUAAAUAGCUUGUUUGCUUCAAAGGGCUUGUCUCAAACUGACAUGGUUGCUCUUUCAGGUGCUCAUACAGUGGGAUUUUCUCACUGUAACCAAUUUGCAAAUAGAAUUUAUGGUAAUUCAGUGGAUUCUAGUAUUGAUCCUUCCUAUGUUACUCAAUUGCAACAAAUGUGUCCCCAGAAUGUGGAUCCUAGUAUUGCCAUAAAUAUGGACCCAGUAACUCCGAGGACAUUUGAUAAUGUGUACUACCAAAAUCUACAAAAUGGAAAAGGGUUAUUCAAAUCUGAUGAAGUUCUUUUCACUGAUUCUCGUUCAUCAAGUACAGUGAAUAAUUUUGCAUCUAGCACAAGUUCAUUUGAUUCUGCUUUCAUUAAUGCCAUGACAAAGCUGGGAAGAGUCGGAGUUAAAACAGGGAAUGAAGGUGAAAUAAGAAAAGAUUGCAGUGCUUUCAAUCAGUGAUUUGGAUGACUUUUGAAGUUUCAUUAUUUUUUUGCAUAUGAUAAUUCUUCACUUGAAUUUUAUGAAGCUGAAAUAAGGAGAAACUCCACACCAUAUGAUCAGACCAUUGAUGUAGCAUCAUAAAAAAUUUGAAGGGAAAUUCAAAAUAAAUUGAAAUAAGAGAUGUUGGGUUUGUGAUCCAGGCUAAUGUAUUUACAUUUUAUGUUA